AAGGACUUCAAGAACUAUGUUGAAGAGAUAUGGAGAGAGUGAGCGGCCUUGCCUUGUCCAUGAAUUCAGUGGGAUUGCUAAUUCAGUGACCUUCGAUGAUGUGCAUGUGAAAUUUAGCCAAGAAGAGUGGGCUUUGUUGGAACCUUCCCAGAAGCAACUCUACAAAGAUGUGAUGCUAGAGACCUGUAAAAACCUCACUGCUAUAGGCUACAAUUGGGAACACCAUAAUAUUGGAGAACAUUUUCAAAGUUCUACAAGUAAUAAAAGCGUUCUUCUCUCACAAGGUGGAACACAAGAGCAAGACCCACAACGGCAGGAGCUUCCAGAGGACAAGGAUGCUGCCAAGUGA